GAUGCAUGACAUUUGGUGUGUUUGUUCUUAAUGACAAGUCCUGACAGAAACCCAUUUCGUGGAUUUCCGCGGUGUUUUAUUCCUCGUCAAGGCUUGAGCAAGAGGGCUGAAGAUGGUGAGGGGCCGUAUGAAGAAGACAGGAGGUGAGGGGAAGCCCCAAAGCCACAAAUGGACAGAUAACGAACAUGACAUCCGUCCAUGCGAUGCUUCGCCGCUUCCAGCAGCAUUAGCGUCGAAUACAAGUGAGCCAGACUCCCCCACCGCUGCCUUCACAGGGCUCAGCGUGGAGGACCAUGUUAACAUCAAGCAAGUGUCAGCCUCUCCAACAGGUCCAAAGUCUCAGAAAGCCAAGGGUGAUAAAAGAUACUUGGGUGUCAGAGUGAAAAUGCCAGUGAGAGACAUGCUCAGGAAUUUUCGCAUAGCCAACGGCAUGGACCCCAAAGAUCUGCAGCAGAAAGAAAACAAAAGAUCGAAAGGGGAGAAAAGGCGAGUCAACUCAAGCGGUCAUCAGCGAAACAGACUGAAAAAAUGGCAAACAAAGAGUUUGGAAGAACUUGCCAUUAUAGUGGAGGUGCUAGAAGAAGAUCUUAAGACCAGUACGUCCCCCAGACCACCAACUGAGAACCCCUCAUCUACCCUCUGCCCGGAGCAGAGAGACAAGAGCUGGUGUAAACAUGGAUCUCAGCAGUACCUCAUGGGAGAGUUGCCUCCAAAUUCAUGUUUCUGUGAAGCCAAUAAAAGGUUUCCCACACAGUCCACCGACGUCGACAACUCCUUCCCAAGCUGGGCUUAUAGCCAGACCAUUGCUCCUUUAUCAGCCAGUCAGGGGGAAUUUCACAGUUUUGAGUCAGCUUACUGUAGAGACAGGGCUGAGCCUGGAAUGACCUGCUACCCUGGUUACAGCGAAUACCAGGUGCCCUCCCCACAAGACACAAGGUAUUUUAGCCCUAAGAUGGAGCACUGGUGGGGUUCCCCUGAGACGAUUGGUCCGACAUAUCCCUACCCAGGCCAGGAGGAGUGGAACAGCACGACAUUCUUCUGGGCCCAAACGGAAAGACAGGAGCACAUACUGAGGAAUAUGUCAGACCAAGACCUGCUGGCUCUGGAUGAGUACGGCAGAACACUGCUACACAGGGCAGCUGACGAGGGGAAAAGAGCCCUUGUGUAUGUGACUGCCAAGAGGAUGGCAGAUCUAAAGAAUCUGGAUACUAAAGACGCAGAGGGAAAGACCCCUCUACACAUAGCUGCUCAGAGAAAUCAACACCUGAUAGUCGCAGAUUUAAUUUCCCUCGGUGCAAACGUCAACGAAAGGGAUCGAUACGGAAAGACGUGCCUCCACCUCAGUGCAGAAUAUGGAUAUGUCCGAGUUUUGGAGGUGCUGAAAAGCUGCAUGAAAAGCGGGAUGUAUAUAGACCUGGAGGCCAGAGAUAUGAAUGGGCUCAGUGCGUUGCAGCAUGCAUCCGUAUCUCUGAAGAGUACUGUGCGUGAGCUGGAGAGGAGCAUCACUGUGGGUAAAACCAAGCUACACUCCCUGCGGAAAGAGCAGAUGAUGGAAACGUUGGAGUGUCUUCUGCAGAUGGAAUGCAGCUUGCAGUGCCAGGUCAUCUAGAAGUGGUUCGUCCAGUCACGCACUUGCCUCUGACAGGAUGAGUGGCGUCUGCCGAAGAAGGCAGUGCUGUUACCUGACGGUAAAUGUUUUUGGGUUAAUACAAGUUUUAACCUGCCACAGAAAAAGCAAAAUUACAUGUUUAGAACCAUUUUACUUUUUAAAAGAGUAGGUACAAUUUCUGUGGCAUGGUAAAAGCUAUGUAUUAUGCAACCAGAGGUUUUGUGAAGUGAUGACACAGGGGAUAACCUUUGUGUCUCACUGUUUACACAAUAACACAAUGGUUGUGCAUCAGCUGGUUUCUGUGAAACUUCCACUGUUUGUUACAAGUAGCAAAAUAUUACUUAAAAAUGUGGCAUGAUCUGCAAGUCUGUUUGUUGUCAAUUCAAAGCGGCACUCCACCCAACAUAAAUACAUGAUCUGCAUGCCCACCCAGUUUACUGCCUUCUAAUGAUUCUUGAAGACUUUUUUGGGGUGGGGUUGUUGAAGGUGUGAAAGGGACUCCCAGUGGCUGUAUGGCAUAUUUAGGUAAUAAAAACAACACCGAAUUUACCAAAACCUUAAGACAAAGUUCUGUCAAAUUAAUGGGGCGGAUGGAUGAAAUGCAGACAAAUGACAAAGCAUGACAAAUAACAUAUGACACGCAGUUGUUUUGCUGGAAUGCCCCUUUAAUUGGUGAGGUUAUUAAACGUUGCGCAAAAGCAAACAGCCAACAGAUAUCAAGGGGUGUUGAAGAGACAUACAGAUGCAUGCCAUGUUAACAUAAGGUUAUGUGAACUUUUUGAAUCACUUUAUGAUGUCAUCUUUUUGUUUCCUAAAGCUCUGCAAAUUUGAGUGAUGUUUACCUUGAACAUCAGUUAAACGUACAGAGCUUCACUUUGUUAAAAAUAAAAAAAAAAUAAAAAUUUGAAAUUAUUUUGCCUUAUUUACAUGGAGACAUGGGGCUUUGGCUGUUCAGUGCAAAUGUUAGCAUUGUUGCAUUUAUACAUGCAUACAUGUUGCAUUCAUACGUGUGGUUAGUUAAAAGGAAUGUAUUAGUACUGUUUUCAUCUUCAGGUCAAAUGUCUAGGUAAAUUGCGUGGCACUUAUUCUGCUUUAAAACAGAUCAGUUGCUUUUUUAAUGUUUAAAAAGUCAUGUUAAUGUGAAACAUUGCCACAUUUUCCCACAUUACACUAAAACACAGAGGGUUUUGUAGUGAGAAGGUGAGUGUGGUCCAGGUUCAGGUCGCUCAGCUGAGUGCUUUCACUCUGCCUUCAGACCACCCUGGAUUACUGGUUUGUCCAGUGGGGUUAGUUCACUACCCAGUGCUUGUCUUUAUGAUGUAUAAAUUUAUAUACUAGUGUCACAAAUCUAACCCAUCAGUCCUUAUUUUAUCCUAAUGUCUCACUUAAAGAAAACGGCACUGUGCAUUGUGCAUAAAUAUACUGAUCAUAUGCUAAAGUUAAUUGAAAAACAGUGCUCUGUUCUAAACAAUGAGGUUGGGUCUUAUGUCUACAUGAAUUUGUUUUACUGUUCUCAAAAUUAGACAAAAUACCUGGAUUUCUGUUUUAUGCUUUCUGUUUUAUGCUUAUUUUGGGCUUCACAUAUGAGUGUUUUAGUCAUAUAUUACCUUUAUUAGGGUUUUGAAUGAGGCCUCUGUAAAAGGAGUUCAAAUAUACUAUUACCUUUUUCUGAUUUUGGUGCAGUUUUGUCUGGUAGCCUGCAUGGUUUGCUUGAAAAAGAAAUAAAGCAAUAAAUAAGUAA